AUGGCACUCUAUCGACAUCUGGCGCUGUUGCUGACUACCCUCGUCGCGGGGCUGGCGAUCGUCCUGGCCGCGCCUGUCCAGCCGACGAUCCUGGGGGGACACUGGGUGGAGACGUGGGUGUCCAUGCCGCAGCUUACAGAAUACACCAACCUACCCCCGCCGCCGUUCAACCAAUCGGGGCUCGUGUUCCCCAACUCGACGCUGCGACAGACCCUCCACAUGUCCGUCGGCGGCUCGCAAAUCCGGUUGCAAUUCUCCAACGCUUUCGGGUCCGUCGACCUGCCCAUCACCGCGGUCACCGUCGCGCUCCCCUCGAACGGCUCCUCAGGCGACAGCGCGAUCGACACCUCGACGCUGCAGACUGUCACCUUCAGCGGGAACCAGUCGAUCAUCGUGCCCGACGGCUCUUUGGUCGUGUCGGACCCGCUCAAUUUUGCGAUCGCGCCGCAGUCGACCAUUACCGUGACGAUGUACCUCGCCGAGGGCCAGGCGAGCAAUUAUAUCACGUCGCACCCCGGCAGCAGGGCAACGUCGUAUUUCUCGUUCGGGAAUUAUGUGAAUGCGCAGAACAUGACAGAUCCAUCGACACAGAGUAUAGCUCACUGGUACUUCGUGAGUGCGGUGCAGACAUGGGCGCCAUCGAGCACGUCCGUAUGGGCGAUCGUAGGUGACAGUAUCACCGACGGCCGUGGUAGCGACACGGAUGGGAACGAUCGCUGGCCAGACUUGGUCUUGCGCCGCAUGCAAGAAGACCCGCUCACCGCCAACAUCGCCGUCAUCAACCAAGCCGCCGGCGGCAAUCGCAUCCUCUACGACGGGCUAGGGCCCAAUGCGCAAGGCCGUAUCGAGCGGGACGUCCUCGCCCAAUCCGGGGUUAAAUACGCCAUGAUCUUCGAGGGCGUGAACGACAUCGGCACGGCCGACACGACCGCCGCGGCGCAGCAGCUCGUCGGCGACCGGUUGCUCCUCGCGUACCAGCAGAUCAUCACGCGCGUGCACACGUUCGGGAUUCCCAUCUUCGCGGCGACUAUCACGCCCUUCGGCGCGCCCAACAACACAAUCCAGCCGUACUCGGACCCGACGCGCGAGGCAACAAGGCAGAGGGUGAACGCGUGGAUACGCGGUGGCCCGACGGGGAAUGCGAGCUUGUUCGACGCCGUGGUGGAUUUCGAUGCGAUUGUGCGGGACCCUGCGAAUCCGGCGCAGUUGAAUCCAAUUUACAACUCGGGGGAUUAUUUGCACCCGAAUGUAGCGGGGUAUACGGCGAUUGCGGAGGCGUUCCCACUGUCGUUGUUUACGGAAUUUGCGUUUGGGGUUAGCAGUUUCAACUAG